AUGUCGUCCGGUGGCCCGAACAGCUCAACCAGUAGCCCACGACAACCGCUCGCGCUGCCUACGAAGACCAGAAGACGGGUCGCCGACGGCCUCAUGGACGCCGAGCGACUCCCUACGAGUAGUGUCGUCAACCCAGACAACAAAAACAACGUUGUCUACGACGGCGGCGCUGGCGGCGACGAUGAGGAAAACGACAUUACCCCCAACGGUAUCAUUUUUGGCCCCUUCCACCACCUCAACGACCACAAUCAUUAUUCGCCCCACCCCCUGAUGAAGUAUCUCCUGCUUCGGAGGCGGGCCUUCUUCUGCGUCCCCGACACGUGGCUUCCUCUGAUUGAGGAUGGGUUUUUAUGGACGGUCGCGAUGCUGCAGAUGCUGAGAUCGGGGCGGAACAUGGGCCGUAAGAUAUUAGGGGCUCUGUUGUUGAUGGCGGUUAUCUCCGUGUUCAUCAAGUUCUCUCUUUUGAGCCACCAUGUGGAGGUGGUCGGCGAAGCGAAGAGAACAGAGGGUCGGCUUUUGAUUUUGAAGUCGUACAAGGACGACUGGGCCGCCGCUCAGCAAGCCGUAACUGAGAACCGGGCCUCUAAUUCCAUGCCCCAACGUGUUUUGGAGAGGGAGAGGUUGUCUGAAAGUGAACCCUCCCCCAUGUUCAAACGCCUCCUCGAGCGGUUGCCGACCCCGGAAAUUUGGAGGAAACCCAACAGCGACAAUUUUGAUAAAUGCAUAGCUCGACCCAAGAAUCGGAUAAGAACGGGAUCGAAAACAAAUGGUUAUCUGCUGGUUCAUGCCAAUGGAGGGUUGAAUCAAAUGAGAACAGGGAUAUGUGAUAUGGUAGCCGUUGCAAAGAUAAUGAAUGCUACCCUGGUUCUGCCUUUGCUGGACCACCAGUCUUUUUGGACAGAUCCAAGUGAUUUUAAAGAUAUCUUUGACUGGAGACACUUCAUGAAAGUACUAAAAGAUGAUAUUGAUAUAGUGGAGUAUUUGCCAACCCGCUAUGCUGCUCUGAAGCCUCUUCAGAAAGCUCCCGUAUCCUGGUCGAAGGCUAGUUAUUACAGAAGCGAGAUGAUCCCAUUGUUGAAAAAGCAUAAAGUUCUGAAGUUUACCCACACCGAUUCCCGGCUUGCUAACAACGGACUUGCAUCCUCGAUCCAAAGGCUGAGGUGCCGUGCCAAUUACGAGGCUCUCCAGUAUGCAAAAGAGAUUGAGGAUCUUGGCAGAGUUUUGGUUGAUAGACUAAGGAAGAAUAGCAAUCCAUUUAUUGCUCUUCAUUUAAGAUAUGAGAAGGACAUGCUUGCUUUCACUGGCUGCAGCCACAACCUCACUGCAGAGGAAUCUGAAGAACUUCGGGUUAUGAGGUACAAUGUUAAACACUGGAAGGAGAAAGAGAUAGAUAGUGAAGAACGAAGGAAACAAGGUGGAUGCCCAUUUUCACCAAGAGAGGCAGCCCUGUUCCUCAAAGCCAUGGGAUACCCUUCAACAACUACAAUCUACAUUGUUGCUGGCGAGAUAUAUGGAGGAAAUAGCAUGGCUGCUUUUCGCUCCGAGUAUCCUAAUGUCUUUUCUCAUUCCACUCUUGCAACAGAACAAGAGUUAGAGCCUUUUAAGCCAUAUCAAAAUCGCCUUGCAGCCUUGGAUUAUAUUGUAGCACUAGAGAGUGAUGUCUUUGUUUACACAUAUGAUGGAAAUAUGGCUAAGGCAGUGCAAGGACAUAGGAGAUUUGAAGGAUUUAGUAAGAGUAUCAACCCUGACAGACAAAAUUUUGUUAAACUGGUCGAUCAGUUGGAUAACGGUGCUAUACUGUGGGAAAAGUUUUCUUCGGAGGUUAAAAGUCUGCAUUCUGACAGGCUUGGAGCACCAUAUGUUAGACAAGUGGGAGAGUCACCAAGGUUGGAGGAGAAUUUUUACGCAAAUCCGUUUCCUGGUUGCAUCUGUAACAAGUCAGAGGGGCAAAUUGCUAGACAGAAGUUAAAUGAGAGACGGAGCAUAAGUGUUUCAUCUCAAAGAUAG